UUGCCUUCCCCUCCCGUCCUCUUCUGUCAUUGGAGAUGAACACAGCUCGUUUGCAUCCCAGAAAGUAGUCGCCGUGACUGUUGCCCUCAAAGAGACAAGCACACAUGUAGGAAUGACAAAGGCUUGCGAAGGAAAGAGCGCUGCUCAAGGCCCAGAGAGAUCUUCUCGAUAAUGGAUUACUAAAUGGGAUACACGCCGUGCCAGUCCGCUCCCAGCCGCGGCCGCCUGCCCGUCGAUGCACCGAAAAGGGUGAAGUAGAGCAAUAAGUCUCCCCGCUGAACUACUAUGAGGCCAGAAGCCUUGCUGUUAUGUCUCACACUGCUACACAGCGCUGGGGCUGCUUUCCCAGAAGAUUCUGAGCCAAUCAGUAUUUCGCAUGGCAACUAUACAAAACAGUAUCCGGUGUUUGUGGGCCACAAGCCAGGACGGAACACCACACAGAGGCACAGGCUGGACAUCCAGAUGAUCAUGGUCAUGAACAGAACUCUCUACGUUGCAGCUCGGGACCAUAUUUAUACUGUUGAUAUAGAUACAUCCCAUACAGAAGAAAUUUAUUGUAGCAAAAAACUGACAUGGAAAUCUAGACAGGCUGAUGUAGACACAUGCAGGAUGAAGGGGAAACAUAAGGAUGAGUGUCACAAUUUCAUUAAAGUUCUUCUCAAGAAGAAUGAUGAUACCCUGUUUGUCUGUGGAACCAAUGCCUUCAACCCUUCCUGCAGAAACUACAAGAUCGAUACUUUGGAAACUUUUGGGGAUGAAUUUAGCGGAAUGGCCAGAUGCCCUUAUGAUGCCAAACAUGCCAACAUCGCUCUGUUCGCAGAUGGAAAACUCUACUCUGCCACAGUAACUGACUUCCUGGCCAUUGAUGCAGUCAUUUACAGGAGCCUUGGAGACAGCCCUACCCUCAGGACCGUCAAACAUGAUUCAAAGUGGUUGAAAGAACCGUACUUUGUCCAAGCACUGGACUAUGGAGACUAUAUCUACUUCUUCUUCAGAGAAAUUGCUGUAGAGUAUAACACCAUGGGGAAGGUUGUUUUCCCUAGGGUGGCUCAGGUUUGUAAGAAUGACAUGGGAGGGUCCCAGAGAGUCCUGGAGAAGCAGUGGACAUCUUUCCUGAAGGCUCGCCUGAACUGCUCAGUGCCAGGAGACUCUCAUUUCUAUUUCAAUAUACUCCAGGCAGUUACAGAUGUGAUUCGCAUUAAUGGCCAUGACGUUGUCUUGGCAACCUUUUCCACGCCUUAUAACAGCAUCCCUGGGUCUGCAGUCUGUGCCUAUGACAUGCUUGACAUUGCCAAUGUUUUUACUGGGAGAUUCAAGGAACAGAAAUCUCCUGAUUCUACUUGGACACCAGUUCCAGAUGAGCGUGUCCCUAAACCCAGGCCAGGUUGUUGUGCUGGCUCAUCCUCUUUAGAAAAGUAUGCAACCUCCAAUGAGUUUCCGGACGAUACCCUGAACUUCAUUAAGACGCAUCCACUGAUGGACGAGGCAGUACCUUCCAUCAUCAACCGACCGUGGUUCCUGAGGACGAUGGUCAGAUACCGCCUGACCAAAAUUGCAGUAGACAACGAGGCUGGGCCGUAUCAGAAUCACACUGUGGUUUUCCUGGGAUCAGAAAAGGGAAUCAUCUUGAAGUUCCUGGCCAGGAUAGGAAGCAGUGGUUUCUUAAAUGGCAGCCUUUUCCUGGAGGAGAUGAAUGUUUACAACCCAGAAAAGUGCAGCUAUGAUGGUGUAGAAGACAAAAGGAUCAUGGGCAUGCAGCUCGACAGAGCAAGUGGCUCCCUGUAUGUUGCAUUCUCUACCUGUGUAAUUAAGGUGCCUCUUGGUCGAUGUGAGCGACAUGGGAAGUGUAAAAAAACCUGUAUCGCCUCCAGAGACCCAUAUUGUGGGUGGGUAAAGGAAAGUGGUUCCUGUGUCCAUCUGUCACCCCAUAGCAGAAGACUGGCUUUUGAACAGGACGUAGAACGUGGCAAUACAGACGGUCUAGGAGACUGUCACAAUUCCUUCGUGGCACUGAACGACAUUUCAACUCCUCUACCAGAUUAUGAAAUGUCUUUCAACACAGUGUAUGGGCAUUCCAGUUCCCUCUUCCCCAGCACCACCACGUCAGAUUCGGCAUCCCAAGAGGGGUAUGAGUCUAGGGGAGGCAUGCUGGACUGGAACAACCUGCUCGAGGCACCCGGCAGCACAGACCCUUUGGGGGCAGUGUCCUCACAUAACCACCAGGACAAGAAGGGAGUGAUUCGGGAAAGUUACCUCAAAAGCAACGACCAGCUUGUACCUGUCACCCUCUUGGCCAUUGCAGUCAUUCUGGCUUUUGUCAUGGGGGCCGUCUUCUCGGGCAUCAUCGUGUAUUGUGUGUGCGAUCACCGGCGCAAAGACGUGGCAGUCGUGCAGCGCAAGGAGAAAGAGCUCACCCACUCGCGUCGGGGAUCUAUGAGCAGUGUCACCAAGCUCAGUGGCCUCUUUGGGGACACCCAGUCCAAAGACCCGAAGCCGGAGGCCAUCCUCACGCCACUCAUGCACAACGGCAAGCUGGCCACGCCUAGCAACACGGCCAAGAUGCUCAUCAAGGCUGAUCAGCACCACCUAGACCUCACCGCCCUGCCCACCCCGGAAUCCACCCCGACGCUGCAGCAGAAGCGGAAGCCCAAUCGCGGCAGCCGCGAGUGGGAGAGGAAUCAGAACCUCAUCAAUGCCUGCACCAAGGACAUGCCCCCUAUGGGCUCCCCGGUGAUUCCCACGGACCUGCCCCUUCGGGCUUCCCCAAGCCACAUCCCCAGCGUGGUGGUGCUGCCCAUCACGCAGCAGGGCUACCAGCAUGAGUACGUGGAUCAGCCCAAAAUGAGCGAGGUGGUGGCUCAGAUGGCGCUGGAGGACCAGGCUGCCACGCUGGAAUAUAAGACCAUCAAAGAGCAUCUGAGCAGCAAGAGUCCCAACCACGGGGUGAACCUAGUGGAGAACCUGGACAGCCUGCCCCCCAAAGUUCCACAACGCGAGGCCUCCUUGGGCCCCCCGGGAGCCUCGCUGUCCCAGACCGGCCUAAGCAAGCGGCUGGAAAUGCACCACUCCUCUUCCUAUGGGCUUGAGUAUAAGAGGAGCUACCCCACGAACUCGCUCACGAGAAGCCACCAGGCCACCACUCUCAAAAGAAACAAUACUAACUCCUCCAAUUCCUCCCACCUCUCCAGGAACCAGAGCUUUGGCCGGGGAGACAACCCGCCUCCCGCCCCGCAGCGGGUGGACUCUAUCCAGGUGCACAGCUCCCAGCCCCCUGGCCAGGCCAUGACUGUUUCGAGGCAGCCCAGCCUCAAUGCCUACAACUCACUGACGAGGUCGGGGCUGAAGCGCACCCCCUCGCUAAAGCCAGAUGUACCCCCCAAACCCUCCUUUGCUCCCCUUUCCACAUCCAUGAAGCCCAAUGAUGCGUGUACAUAAUCCCUGGGGUUGGGGCCAGGAGUAGAAGCAUCAGACGAGGCGAGGCACCCACCCAGCUCAGCAAGGUCUCCACUGCCUCGAGUAUCCACCCGACCAAGAUGGCCCUGGAGGAGUUGAGGACGCUGGGUCCUCCUCCCUGGGACAAGGGGACACUCUUGAAAAGCAGGCCAUGUGGUUUGGUGAAGGUUAGCAAGUCACGUCCAUUCUCUUCCUUCACACUCCCCCACAUCGUACAGCAAGCAGGUCGGACUCACGAAAGACUUCAGUAUCAUCACAAACAUGAGCCAAAAGCACAUCCGCACCCCAUCUCCACAUGAACACACAUGCACACCCCACACUCACAUGCACGCACCUCAA